AGUUAGUCCGCAUCCGCCGUUAAACAAGCAACUGAAGAAGAAGAAGAAGAAGAAGAACCACCUUCCACUUUGUUUUAGAAGCAGAAGAAGAAGAGGAAGAAGGAGAACGAAGCGCAUCAUCCAUCUUCGGGGAAAGCAACAGCUAUCUAACGAGAGACCAGAGAAGAACAAACAUCGGCCAUCAUGGGAGCCGUGCUGGGAUUGUGCUCCAUGGCGAGCUGGAUCCCAUGCCUGUGCGGCAGCGCCCCCUGCCUGCUGUGUCGAUGCUGCCCCAGCGGAAACAACUCGACUGUAACUCGCCUCAUCUACGCCUUCUUCCUGCUGCUGGGAGUGGGUGUUGCCUGUAUUAUGUUGAUGCCCGGCAUGGAGGGGCAGCUUAAGAAGAUUCCAGGUUUCUGUGAAGGUGGGAUGGGCUCGUCUAUUCCUGGUGUGGAGGGUCACGUGAACUGCGACGUUCUGGUUGGCUACAAGGCUGUGUACCGCGUUUGCUUCGGCAUGGCCAUGUUCUUCCUGCUCUUCUCUCUGCUCAUGAUCAAAGUCAAGAGCAGCCAGGACCCCCGAGCUGCGCUGCACAACGGGUUUUGGUUCUUUAAGUUUGCUGCAGCUGCUGCCAUAACAAUUGGAUCAUUUUUCAUCACAGAAGGUCCCUUCACUACUGUGUGGUUCUACGUCGGCAUGGCUGGAGCCUUCUGCUUCAUCCUCAUCCAGCUGGUUCUCCUCAUUGACUUUGCUCAUUCCUGGAAUGAGUCCUGGGUGGAGAAGAUGGAGGAGGGCAACUCUCGCUGCUGGUACGCAGCUCUGCUGUCGGUCACCACAAUCAACUACGUGUUGUCUCUGUUGUCUCUGGUCAUGUUCUACGUCUACUACACCCACUCUGACGGCUGCACCGAAAACAAGGUGUUCAUCAGCAUCAACAUGCUCCUCUGCGUCGCCGCCUCGGUCCUGUCCAUCCUGCCUCAGAUCCAGGAGUCCCAGCCCAGGUCUGGCCUGCUGCAGUCCUCCCUGGUUACCCUGUACACCAUGUACUUGACCUGGUCGGCCAUGACCAAUGAGCCUGACAGGAAAUGUAACCCGAGCCUUCUGGGUAUCAUCGGGCUGAACAGCACCAGUCCUGCAGGUCAGGACCAUGUGGUUCAGUGGUGGGAUGCCCAGGGGAUUGUGGGAUUGAUCCUCUUCCUCAUGUGUGUCCUCUACUCCAGCAUUCGUAAUUCGUCCAACGCCCAGGUGAACAAGCUGACUCUGACCAGCGACGAGUCGGCUCUGAUCGAGGACGGGCCCCAGAGCGACAGCUUCGAGGAGGGUGGCGGCGCCAGCCGAGCUGUGGACAACGAGAAGGACGGCGUCACCUACUCGUACUCUUUCUUCCACUUCAUGCUGUUCCUGGCAUCGCUCUACAUCAUGAUGACGCUCACCAACUGGUACAGCCCCGACUCCAACUACGAAGCCAUGACCAGCAAGUGGCCCUCGGUGUGGGUCAAGAUCUCCUCCAGCUGGAUCUGCAUCGCCCUCUACGUGUGGACGCUGGUGGCUCCGCUGGUCCUGGUCAACCGGGACUUUGACUGAAUCCCUGCCGUCCCACCGCUCGCACGCACACACCCGUGCUCCGCUUUCACCUGUGUUUUUUGUUUUUGUUUCAACGAAGUCAGUAGAACAGUAGGUAGCUAACCCUGCGUCGGUUCCAGCGGGACGGGGGCUGUGCUCACACUGGCUCUUUCGGGUCUCUCUCUCUCUAUCGUGUUCUUGGUGGCUGUGGCUCGUCUCUGUAGUCCGCCGCGGCUUCUUCACCGCGAGGCCGAUGAGCGGAGAGUCCCGUCCUAGCUCUGACUGCAGCCCUGGCUCCUCUGGUGUCGUGUCAUUGUGAACCCUGAGCAGCCUGUUGUUGUGGUUGUCCCCCACCCACCCCCCACAUGCUGUUAGCCAUUGUAAAUGUAUCCUGUGAGUUCCUAGUGGUCUUUUUUUAAGGGCGCUUUCACACCUACAGUUUGGUAGACUCGCGAUUCGGGAACUGAAGUUGCAACAUUGUUGCGGACCAAACAAGGCCGGUAUGAAAGCGCCCUUAGUUUACUUUCUAUAAAGACAGAGCUGCAUGCUUUCCCCUUUUUUUAAAACCUGAUGUGACAUUAACAGUAGCUGUAUCUGCUGUAUGUAUCAGCUUUUUUAUUAACGGUGGCUCCGACGGGUGUGCUGACUGCAGUAUUACAUUACAUUACAUGUGGGAAUGCUGUUACGUAGAAACGAACUGCUUAGAUUGUGCUGAUGUUGUUUUUAUAAGCAGGACUCCAGCUGUGGCGCGGAGACGAGAGCGGCUCAUUGCAGUCCACUUAAGCGUACCAUCACCAGGCAUGAGCAGUGCUGUGUAGCGGUGUGUGUGUGUGUGUGUGUGGUAUUCUAGUCAUCACGUGUUAAAGCUCUACCAGCUGUGUGUCCUCUGCAGCUUGCACUUACACAACAAAGGCAUUCCUGUUUUUGUUGUCUCUUGAAUUGAAUUGUUUUGACUUUAAAUGUACAAUUUUGAAAGACUUGUAGAUAAGUUAUUUGCUAGUGUUUAGCAUGUACUGUAGUUCCUCACACAUACAUUGGUAAGAUUGUCUCACCCGUGCUUUUAUCCUAACAUGAUUGUUUUUUUUUUCUCCUCUUGACAUGUAAAAGUAUAUCGUAACUCGUUUAAUAAAAGUGAUUUGAAAAGAAA